ACUAUUAGGAGCUCUCUGUUAGCCAUGGGAAUUGAAAUAAAGCGGAAGCAUGUUAAAAAUAGAAAUCGUUCUGAACCCAAGUCAAAGAACGUUUAUUUAUUGUUAUUGGUUAAAUUGUACCGUUUCCUAUCCAGGCGUACUGACUCCAAAUUUAAUGACACAAUCCUUAAAAGACUGUACAUGAGUCGUAUAAACCGAGCUCCUCUUUCCCUCUCAAAGCUUGCUACUUUUAUGAAAGGAAAAGAGGAUAAAAUAGCUGUUUGUGUCGGAACCAUUACCGACGACGUCCGUUUGUUUUCUUUUCCGAAGCUCUCUAUUUGUGCUCUGAGAUUUACAGCUGGCGCCCGAGCAAGGAUAAUAAAAGCUGGUGGGGAAUGUCUUACUUUUGACCAACUUGCUUUGCGCGCUCCUAAGGGUUCAAAUACUAUACUCCUGAGAGGGCCCCGUAAUGCAAGAGAAGCUUGUAAACACUUUGGUAGAGCGCCUGGCGUGCCUCACUCGCACACGAAGCCUUAUGUUCGUUCCAAGGGCCGCAAAUUUGAAAAAGCAAGGGGCCGUAGGGCUUCUCGUGGUUAUAAAGUGUAGCUCUUGAAAAG